AGUUUUAUGAUAGUUUUGCCUCUAUGGCCUUCCCUAAAGCAUUGAAGUGGAAAUAUCACCCAAAAUCGUCCAAUUUUUCUAAUACAAUAUUCUUCUCAAAGUGGCCUUGUAAUGUGUUUGACUUGCAGGAUAUCGUUCAUCCGCUAGGUGGCGGCAUUUCCCACGUGACGUGUGACGUGAGUCAUUUUCCACUCGAGUGAGUCGUCUGCGCUACAUCGAGUCACCAAAUAGGACAGGAACAACUCAGUAUGCUAGCAAGCUGCUACGAGCUCAAGGUGGUUUGUGUAGGCCGGUGUCCCUAAUCAAGUGGCCGGCGGUGCUGUCCUGCCCGGGUCAGCAAUGGGCCGGCCAGAUGUACCGGCCAAGCCACCGGCGGCGUGGGCCGCGCCGCCUCUUCUUCUCCUCCUUGUCGUGACCCUCUUCUCCGAGGGCGCCCUCGGCCUUCCUCAGCCGCUGCCCCGAGUCUUCCUCUCCUUUGACGAGUUGCUGAGCGCCGCCUCGCUGGAGCACUACACGCUGUCGGACAAGCCCAUGGACUACCGCAUCCUGCAUGUGGACGAGGACCAAGACCGGAUGUAUGUGGGCUGCAAGGACCACGUGCUCUCCAUGGACAUCAACAACAUCACGCACGGCGCGCAAAAGGUGUUUUGGCCCGCAUCGACAAGCAAGAUUGAGGAAUGUCAAAUGGCGGGAAAAGACCCCACGCACGGCUGCGGCAACUUCAUCCGGGUGGUGCAGCCGUACAACCGAACGCACCUCUUCAUGUGCGGCAGCGGCGCCUACAGCCCCGUGUGCGUCUACGUCAACAGGGGGCGCCGGCCCGAGGAACAAAUAUUUCACAUUGACUCAAGGUCUGAGUCGGGAAAAGGGAGGUGCUCCUUCAACCCGCGGGUCAACACGGUGUCCCUCAUGCUCAAUCAAGAGCUGUUCUCCGGCAUGUACAUCGACUUCAUGGGCACGGACGCGGCCAUCUUCCGCAGCCUGACCAAGAGGAACGCCGUGCGCACCGACCAGCACAAUUCCAAGUGGCUCAGCGAGCCCAUCUUCGUGGACGCCCACCUGAUCCCGGACGGGUCGGACCCCGACGACGCCAAACUGUACUUCUUCUUCCGCGAGAGGCUAACGGACAACAGCGGCAACACCAGGAACAUCCACACCAUGGUGGCACGCAUCUGUCCAAGCGACAUCGGAGGGCAGCGGAGUCUGGUCAACAAGUGGACCACCUUCCUCAAGGCGAGGAUGGUGUGCUCCGUUCUGGAGGGGGACGGCACCGAGACGCACUUUGACGAGCUCGAAAGUGUGUUUUUGCUGGAAAGCGAGCAUCCCAAAGGCUUGCUGGUGUUCGGAGUCUUCACGUCCACAAGUUCGGUCUUCAAAGGCUCAGCGGUGUGCGUGUACAACAUGGCCGACAUCCUCACCGUCUUCAACGGGCCCUUCGCGCACCGAGACGGGCCCAACUUCCAGUGGGUGGCCUUCCAGGGACGCAUCCCGUUCCCCAGGCCCGGAACGUGCCCCGGUGGAGCCUUCACUCCGGACAUCCACACCACCAAAGAAUUCCCGGACGACGUGGUCAACUUCGUGCGCAACCACCCGGUCAUGUUCAACCCCAUCUACCCGGCGGGCAGGAAACCUCUGGUGGUCCGAACCGGCGCCGACUACAAAUACACGGCGGCGGCGGUGGACCAGGUGGCGGCUGCCGACGGAAAUUACCAAGUCCUCUUCCUGGGAACCGACAAAGGAAGCGUCCAGAAGGUGAUCGCCCUGCCCAACAAUCAGUCCCUGCAUAAAGAUCUCAUCCUGGAGGAGCUGGAAGUCUUUAAGAACCAAGCUCCGGUGACCAACUUGAGAAUCUCCUCCAAAAAACAACAACUGUACGUGAGCUCGGAGCUGGGCGUGUCGCAGGUGUCGCUGCACCGCUGCCACGCGUACGGUUCGGCCUGCGCCGACUGCUGCCUGGCCCGAGAUCCCUACUGCGCCUGGGACGGACUCAGCUGCUCGCGCUUCUACCCCAGCGGCAAACGGAGGAGCAGGAGGCAGGAUGUGAUGCAUGGAAAUCCUCUCACUCAGUGCAGAGGAUUCAACCUGAAAGCCUACAGGAACGCGGCGGAGAUGACGCAAUACGGCGUGAGGAACAACACCACCUUCCUGGAGUGCCUGCCCAAGCCGCCGCAGGCGUCCAUCCGCUGGCUCAUCCACAGGGACGGCGACAGGCGCAAGGAGGUGAAGCUGAGCGAGCGCGUGCUGUCCACGGAGCACGGGCUGCUCAUCCGCUCGGCCCAGCCGUCCGACCAGGGCCUCUACUACUGCCUGACCACCGAGAACGGCUUCAAGCGCACCGUGGCCAAGAUCCACCUGCGGGUGCUGAGCGCCGCCGCCGCCGGAGCGUCGACCGCAAGGGGGCGCUCGGCGUGGCCGUGGUCGGCGCGGCCGGAGGCCCCGGGCCCGGCCGAGAGCCUGGCCGUGCAGCAGUACUGCAAGGAGAGGAAGGAAAGGAAGGAGCUCCAGGAGCGGCAGAAGACCGUUUCGCACCCGCCGCCGGGGCCUCUCAGGGGGGACUUAGCCAAGCUCAAGCCCCUGCUGGAUCGCAAGAAGAGCCGCAACCGGCGCAAUCAGCUCCCCGAGGAAUAACUCGAUGACAGAGCGGCCGGCGCGCCGGGAGACGGCCGCCGCUGAAGGCUCCGCCGCCAAAAGCGAAAACGAACAACCAGCCGGGAUCCUUUUUUUCUGUGACGCGAUAAAAGGGACAGACUUUAAGGGGGGAAACAGGCGGAAGAAGACGGAUGCAUGCUUGACUCUUUCACCAAAAUAUUGUGCCAAAUCGGCAUUUCCAAGUCUGCCUAGCAACCUGGCCCAAAAUUCUCAAAUAUUUAUUUCUGUGACGCAUGCGCAUGGAUUGUUCUGGAGCGACUUGCCCAUGAAGUGGAGCGGGGGUUCUCGAACUUUCUGGGUCCAUGAGAGAAACAUUUCCAAGGACAAAAGACGGAUUUUGUCAGGAUCAAAAGUCGUCCUUGAAUAGUCAUAUUCUAAGAAGUGACUUUUAAAAAUACAUCUUCUCAUAAUAGAUGUGUUUAUUCUCUGAAAAUAUAGCACAAUAUUCUUUUUAAAAAAUUCGGACUUUAUUCAGGUAAUAAUGCGACUUUUUAAACUUCAUUCAUGCACCGAUUUGAGAUUUAUGCGAUGAUGCAUCACAAUCAUAACACAUUUUUUUCAUUGGCCAAAGGUUAAAGUAAGGAGGAGUAAUUAUCCAGUCCCCCAGAAUUUAGGUACUCCCUUUUUUAAGUGAUGCAACAUAUUAAUUUAUUGCAAAUUAUUUAACGGACUCCCAGUGGGUCCGAGGACCCCAGUUUAAGAACCACUGAGGUCGCGCCCUCUUUUCAAUUGCGCUUUCGUCCGCACAAAAGCAGAAAAUGCCCGUUGGGUUGUGAAUACGUCAUGUAGAUAAAGAUUACGUGUUAUCUUAUUUAAUGUGAAUACGCGCUUUCUCUGUGUAAAUACGACUGGAUCUGCAAUUCGCAGAUCCUUCAUUUGACUGUUUUCAUUUUUUUACAUUUUUUUUUUUUUGCAGACCAUCAAUUCAUGUCGAUAAAGAAACCGGCUAAAAGCGUGACGUUUCAAGCCUGACGAAAGCAUCCUCUUUCUAUUUAUUGGUGGAACCGAUGGCCUGAAUAAAUGUGUUUCGGUGA